CCAGACAUCUUCAACUGAUGAUCAGAAAGAAGAACACAAACCAGAAACUAAGCUGACGAUAACGACCUCGUAAGCGCCAGCAAGCUCUUAUAUAUGAUCAGGAGGGAGGCCAGACUGCGCCUUUCUAUUGGACGGCAGCACUAGCCAAUCAGAAAAAGAACCCGGCGCCUCCUAAUUUGCAUAUACAUUACCCUGAGAUGACGUAGUGUACAAUUGUAUUCAAUCAAAAGCGAGUAAAGUCUGAUCCUUCAUUUGAAUACAAGGCAUAUAAAUAGAGUUGGUACGGCGGACACGCGCGUUUCCCGAGAGCAGCUAGCCAAUAUGCCUGAUCCGUCCAAAUCUGCUCCAGCCCCCAAGAAGGGGUCCAAAAAGGCCGUCACCAAGGCACAGAAAAAGGACGGCAAAAAACGCAAACGGGGCCGCAAGGAGAGCUACUCCAUCUAUGUGUACAAGGUGCUGAAGCAGGUGCACCCCGACACCGGCAUCUCCUCCAAGGCCAUGGGCAUCAUGAACUCUUUCGUCAACGACAUUUUCGAGCGCAUCGCCAGCGAGGCCUCCCGCCUGGCGCAUUACAACAAGCGCUCGACCAUCACGUCCCGCGAGGUGCAGACGGCCGUGCGUCUGCUGCUGCCCGGGGAGCUGGCCAAGCACGCCGUGUCCGAGGGCACCAAGGCUGUCACCAAAUACACCAGCUCCAAGUGAGGCGCGGCGCGGGCGUCCUCAAUCCAAAGGCUCUUUUCAGAGCCACCCAUGCAGUCCUUAAAAGGGUCUUGAACACAGCGUGUGUGGUCAUUGGUGACUGCCACGCGCCUGAGGGAGAUUCUCAGUUACUGGGUACCACUAAGAUGUGCUUUUGAGUGUGAGGGAUGUAGGGCUGCAGCUGUUCUGCUCUUCCCGAGGGUGGGAUGAGAACGAUGGUCAAGGGAUAGACAAGGGGCGUGAGUCCCCUCCCUAAGCCUCCAGUCUUCCCCAGGUGGGCGAGGUCACCAGCGUAGUGGGAUUCUGGGUGCCGUGCCCGCUGGGUGGCCUCUGCAUCUGCGUUCCUUUAGAACCUUUCCUGGAACAGACAGGCGUCUUGAUCCCUUGGAUAUGACCAUUCUGGCAUUACAUCCCAACAGAUCCUGCACAACAGUAUGCUGGAACAGGGCUUGAAAAGGUACGGCGGCGACACCCGCAAUGCCUGUGUAAAAGAGCUGGAUGUAGCCAGCUGCAGCCGCCAGCAGUUUUAGUGGCUAGGGGAUGGAAGGAUUUGGGAAAGAAUCCCGUUGUUUUGAGCAAAUGAGUUCCUCUCCUAAAGCUGCUUUAUUUUCAGUGAAGCGUUGGUAACAGAAUUGUCCGCACUCAGCAUUUAUUUGAGAAUGCCAUCUUGAUCUGGAACGUUUGGGCAGGAGAUCUUAACCGUGGAAAGAACACCACUUUCCUUGGUUUGGCUAUAUUUAUUUGAACCGGUAUGAGAUAUAUUGAGAAUCCUAUCGCCGUCUCCAGCAAGGAGUAAUAUAAAUUUUAUUUUUUUCCCCAAACAGUCAAAGGGAGCCUGUCCCGUCUGGUCCGUCUGGUCCGCUGCCAACGGGCAGUUGGAAGGAGGGGGUGGGGGGGACGGUGGGGGGGGCGGUGUCUCCGCUGGAACUUCCUACCGGAGCCGAGCCAUCGAUCCCUUUCCACAUAAAAGGAUUUUGACAACUUCAUACGUUUUAAAGUUACCAUCUGAAGUAUUUUUAUCCUGUCAAGUAGCUGCAAAAAUGCAAAUGUCAGUGUAGGACUUUUUUUUUUUUUUUAAAUUAGUCUUAAAAAUACCUAUUAGAACAUUAACACCAGAGUCAGGACAAAGUAAACCAAAUUCUUU